CAAGGUACAUGGAUGUGCAAUAAUUUGCAUAAACCCAAUUUUGAUUUUAAAAUCUUUUCUUUGCCAUACAUGUAAAUACAGUAUAAAUGAAUUUGAGGUCAUAUGCCAGAUUUAAUGCAAAUAUUGACAUAUCGCAUCUCGGAGAAGACAGGUAAACAGUAGAACAUUUUUGUCAGGUUUACACAGAGAUGUAGGGUACUGGAUAUAUGUUUAUCAUAGGCUUAUUCAUUUGUGUGAAAACCCACUCAUGCCACUAGCAAGGUGUUGAUACCUAUUUGACACAUUCUUCCGGGACUUCGGUGUUCAAUGGUUGUUAAAAUACAAGUGGGAAAGCAGAAUGGUGAGCAGGGGAAAUUUUUUGGACCAUUAUCUUUCACAGAAGUGGACUUGGAACACUACAUUCAUACUUUAGAUGUGGAUGAGUUAUUGCCAUGUAUCCUGUGUGAAGAUAAAUUUGUUCUACCAAGUAAAAACAAAGAAUUUAUAGAACACUUAUAUGAUUGUCACAGAUUACUCAUAUCUGAUCUACACCACAUUGUGGAUUUGAAAAGUUACUUCAGAUACUGGAAAGACCGAUUUGCAUCUCUGCCUGUAACUGAUGUGUGUCAUGUGAUAGAACAACAGUUUUCGUCUCACAGUUCUUAUGUAUUGGGAGCAUUUGUAGAGGAGGACAAAGCCUUGAGAGAGAAACUACAGCGUAAGCGGUUGGAAGCAGUUUUGGCGUGCCAAGACAGAGAAAGGCAAGAUAAAACAUUUUCAAGAGAAUGUUUACUAUGUAAAACGCACCUGACUGGCACAAGAGCAAAUUACUUUGAUCACCUGGCCACCAUUCAUAAUUUAAAAAUUGGACAUCCUGACAAUUUAGUAUUCACGGAUGAAUUAAUUGACAAAUUGCAAAAAACGCUAGAGAGGCUGCAGUGCUUGUACUGUGAAAAGUAUUUUAAAAAACGUGAAUCAUUAAAGGAGCAUAUGCGCAAAAAGCAACACAAAAGCAUAAACCCAGACAAUAAGUGUUAUGACAAAUUUUACGUUGUAAAUUACUUGGAACUUGGCAGGAAUUGGCGCGACAUACAGGCAGAAAAAGAUUCCUCCAGUAGUUACAGUGAGAGUGACAGUGAAGAAGAAAAAAUAGAAACUGAAAAGAUGGCUUCUGGAAUGCCAUUUGAUGCAACUGGUACUGUUACAUGCCUGUUUUGCAAUGAAAUAAGUGCAUCAUUUGAAGAUGCCUUAGAACAUAUGGAUUCAGCUCAUGAAUUUGAUUACAGUCAGAUUGUUGAAGACAACCACUUAUCAUUUUAUGAACAGGUAAAACUUGUCAACUACAUCAGACAUCAGAUGUAUGCCCUAAUAUGUAUGAAGUGCCAUAAACUCUUUCAAGAUCGUGGAGAUCUGUUAAACCAUAUGACCAAAGAAAGACAUUUUAUGCUUCCAAGGAAAGAAGUGUGGAACCAACCAGAGUAUUAUUUCCCAACCUACGAAAAUGACAAUUUCCUCUGCAAUCUCGAUGCUGAUGAAGGUAUUACUAAGAAAAUGAAAACGUGUUCUACUCAUGACUGAACUGGAGGAUCCAAAAGAGGAUGCAUGCCAUUCCAGACACAUUCUUCACCUCACUCAAUAGUGGAAAAAUUGUUUGGGUUUCAUUUGUGUCUAUGCCUUGGGAGUUUUUUUAACAUUUUUUUUUUAAAUAUUUUUUAUACUUUUUGUAAUAGUGAUGAAAUAUGUUCCAUGUAUCACAUACUUUCUAACUGCAGUUCAUAGCAACCUUGUGAAAAAAAUCAUUGUUAUAUAAUAUAACAAGCAUCCAUUUGUAAUGUAUUUAGAUAUAAGGCCAUUAGCUAUCUCAUGAGUUGUUUCACAAAUUUUAAUUUUUCAACAGAGUAUGAAGUUAAUACAAACAAGACGUGUUUUGUAAUUCACAUGGUAUAAAUUAUUUAAAUGUUUCAGAGUUAUUUUAGUUUCAUGUACUUUACCAUUCUUUUUUGUAUAUUUUAAUAAGCUGCUAGCAUUCCAUCCUCUGUGAAACUGUAUCAAGGAAAGAAAGAAGAAGAAACAAUGGAUUUUAGACAUAUCCUUUCAUCUUGGAACAUGAUCUUUCAGUCUGCAUGUGGGACCAUAUGGGCACAUGGCAACUGAAAGGAAAAUCUUAUCCUAUGGCGGAAACAGAUGAACUGGAUUAAGACUUUCGAAAGCUUUUAUUUUUUUGUAGGGGUGUUUGAUAUUGAAAGUGUUCUAUCGAGUAUUCUGAAGACUAUGAGAAAGUUUUUUACAACACAAAAAUACUUUAGGAUUAAUGGAGAUCAUGCACCAAUAAGCAGAAGUGCUGAGUUGUCAGUAGGCACACGCAAAAGGAAGAGAACUUGUAGCUUUGCUUUUGGAGUUACCAUUUGGCAACAGGAGAUGGCAACAGGACACACACACACACACACACACACACACACACACACACACACACACACACACACACCUCCCUAUUACCCUAAAUGGUACCAGCUAGACUGACAGUCCCAAUGCUGUUUUGUGGGAGGUGGACUGGUCUGUGUGGGGUUAUUGUCAGGUGGGGUGGCUAGAGGGAAAGAGCAACCCUCUCCCUCUAUGCACCCCACCCCACCCACUUCUGCAUCUUAGUGAGUGAUCUCCUUUAAUCCCAAAGUAUUCAAAUUCUACAAAAACUUCCCUACCAAAUUUUUACAGUGUGUGCAAUUUAAUCUCUCUCUCAUAAGAGUGUCUCAAAAUACAAUAAAUUUUGUAUUUGCUAGACACUGUUGUACCUGUGGCAAUUGGUCUACAACAUAAGUAAUGAAAUUAUCACUGAGAUGACAUGGGGCCGAAAACAGCCAGUAAAAAAAGAAAAAAAAUCCUACCCUAUGACGGAAAUAGUUGAAUUCAAUUCAGAUUUUUGAAAGGUUUUAUUCUUUUGUAAAAGUGUUUGAUAUUGAAAGUGCUCUAUCCAGUAUUCUGAAGACUGUGAGAAACAAUUUCACAACAUACAAAUACUAUGGGAUGAAAGGAGACCAUUCAACAAAAAGCAGAAGCGUUGAGCUGUCAAUAGACACAAACAAAAGGAAGAAAUCUUCUAGCUUUUGGAGUUAUCCUUUGACAGCCUAAAGGAAAAUAUGCACACACUCCUACACACGCCUACACUCCUAAAUGGUGCCGGUUAGAGUGACAGUGCCAAUGCUAUUUUGCGGCAGGUGGAUUGGUUGUGGUGGGCGGUAGUGUCAGGUGGGGUGGGUAGAAGGAGAGUGUGUCCCGCCUCCCUCUCCCUCUACGGAACCCACCCCACUGCAUCUGCUUUUUGGUGAGUGGUCUCCUUUAAUCCUAAAGUAUUUAAUUUCUACAAGAACUUUCCUACCAAAUUUUUACAAUGUGUGCAAUUUAAUCUCUCUUUCAUAAGAAUGUCUCAAAAUACAAUAAAUUUUGUAUUUGCUAGACGCUGUUGUACCUGUGGCAAUUGGUCUAGAACGUAAGUAAUGAAAUUAUCACUGAGAUGACAUAGGGCCGAAAACAGCCAGUAAAAAAAGAAAAAAAUCCUACCCUAUGACGGAAAUAGUUGAAUUCAAUUCAGAUUUUUGAAAGGUUUUAUUCUUUUGUAAAAGUGUUUGAUAUUGAAAGUGCUCUAUCCAAUAUUCUGGAGACUGUGAGAAACAGUUUCACAAUGUACAAAUACUAUGGGAUGAAAGGAGACCAUGAAGUGUUGAGCUGUCAAUAGACACACACAAAAGGAAGAAAACUUCCAGCUUUUGGAGUUAUCCUUUGACAGCCUAAAGGAAAAUACGCACACAAGCCUACAGUCCUAAAUGGUGCCAGUUAGAGUGACAGUGCCAAUGCUCUUUUGUGGCAGGUGGACUGGUUGUGUUGGGCAGUAGUGUCAGGUGGGGUGGGUAGAAGGAGAGUGUGUCCCGCCUCCCUCUCCCUCUACGGAACCCACCCCACUGCUUGUGCUUUUUGGUGAGUAGUCUCCUUUAAUCCUAAAGUAUUCAAAUUCUA